AUGGCUGAAGAAAUCAGGAUUCUUGUACAAAAGCGAUCAGUCAUCAAGGCUAAAUUAACAAGAUUUAGGACAUAUCUCGAUUCGUAUACAGUUAGACCCGAUAUACAGCAGUUGAGAGAGCGUUUAGCCAAGGUCAGAGAAUUAUGGGAUAAGUUCGAUGACAUACAGACGGAUAUAGAGCUACUUAAGCCUGACGGUGAGUUUGAGGAAAGAAGUGAGUUCGAGCAAUACUAUUUUGAACUUGUAUCCAAGGCCGAACAACAUUGUGUUUCGUCGACUGUUACACGACCGACAAGCAAUGAUAAUAUAGAUACGAACGUACGUAGAUCGGAACGCACCGUAAAGUUACCGACGCUUAAUCUGCCUAAUUUUUAUGGUGACUAUAACGCGUGGUUAUGCUUCUAUGAUAAUUUUAAAUCAACUAUACAUGACAAUUCUGAUCUUAAGCCUGUGCAGAAACUACAAUAUUUGAAAUCGUGUUUGAAGGGCGAUGCUGCACAAAUCAUAGAGUCACUCGCGACAUCAGCCGAAAAUUACGAGAUUGCUUGGAAUCUGGUCGUGGAACGGUUCGACAAUAAGCGUAUAAUAAUACAGAAUCAUGUAAGGUCUUUAUUUGAAUUACCAAACGUAGCCAAGGAGUCCUUGACAGGUUUGCGAGCGUUAAUGGACGGUGCGUUGAGGCACUUGCAAGCACUCAAAACUUUGGGUUUGCAGACCGAACAUUGGGAUGCGAUGCUGAUCCAGUUAAUAAUUUUUAAGGUAGACAGAAAUACGCACAAGGAGUGGGAGCGUUCAAUUGAUGGAACUGAAAUGCCCUCCUUGGAGGAUUUAUGGAAAUUUUUAAAGAACAAAUGCUAUGUACUAGAAAAUGUCGACGCUGGAUUUGCAUCGCAGUCCAAGGUUAGUGGAAGACUGCCAUUGAUGCGGGAUGCAAGAAAUAGUAAUGUUAGACAAUCGCAAAAUUGCAUGACCGUCCAGGAGAGGCAGCAGUGCCCGAUAUGUAAUGGAUCGCAUAAUGUAUAUAAGUGUGAGCAAUUGUUGCGUGCAAAUUGUGACAAAAGAAUAUCAUUAGUAAAAACAGCGCAUUUAUGCUUUAAUUGUUUGCGUCCUAAUCAUUCGGCGAACUUCUGUAGAUUUAGACCUUGCUCAAAGUGCAGACGCCGUCAUAAUGAUUUGUUACAUCGCAGUGAAAUUCGAGCGAUUUCGAACUCAGAAGAGAAACAUGAAAACGAUAUUGCAUCACAAAAGAGCCUGCAGGCGGUAGUUGCUUCACACGUACUUUUAUCUACUGCAUUAGUAAAAAUAUUUGACAAGUUUGGCAAUGCGUAUAAUUGUAGAAUUUUAUUGGACUCUGGUUUGCAAUCUAAUUUUAUUGUAAAUUCUUUAGUAGAGAGACUAAAACUGACAAAACUAAAAAUUAAUGUGCCGGUGUCGGGGUUUGGUCAAGCUCUUACGCAUAUUGAGCAUGCAGUAGAUGUAGAGAUACAGUCUAGCGAUGGUCGUCUUAAUUUAAAUUUGACUUUCCUCGCGAUAGAUGAGAUAACGGAAUAUUUGCCAGCCAAGUAUAUUGAUAAAAGCAAACUAGAGAUACCGCGUAACAUAAGGCUAGCUGAUCCUGAAUUUUGUAAAUCAUCGAGAAUAGAUGCGCUUAUUGGAGCAGAGACUUUCUUUCAUCUGUUGUGCGUGGGGCAAAUAAGGCUCAGCGGAGGCUCUAUCGUAUUGCAGAAAACUAAAUUUGGUUGGAUUAUUAGAGGUAGAAUUUAUGAUAGAGUACAAGACGAUAAAGAAACGGUUUGUAAUAUAUCGAUUGAUAAGACGUCAUUACAAGUAGCUAAAUUUUGGGAGAUAGAGGAAUUAAGUGAUAUUAAACAUUUAUCAGAGGAAGAAAGGAACUGCAAAGCGCAUUUCAGAAAGUUUACUGUUAGAGAUAAAGAGGGUAGAUAUUGUGUCAGAUUACCCUUUAAAGGAAAUGUAAAUAAAUUAGGUGAUUCGUAUAAAAUGGCGGAGAAAAGAUUAUUCUCGAUGGAGCGACGAUUAUUGUCAAACGAAGCUCAGCGUGCGGAAUAUUCACGUUUUUUACGCGAGUAUUGUGAAUUGGGACACAUGAUUGAGGUAACGAAUUGUAAUGCAGAGAAGUUGACAGAUGGUUAUUUCUUGCCUCAUCAUGCUGUACUAAAAACUGAUAGUCUUACGACAAAAUUGAGAGUAGUGUUUGACGCUUCAGCCAGGUCAACCACUGGCGUUGCUUUAAACGACGUGCUUAUGUCGGGUCCGGUAUUGCAGGAGGAUGUAUUCUCUAUUGUCACGCGAUUUUGUUCAUAUUCAUAUGUAUUAACUGCGGACAUCGAAAAGAUGUUUCGACAGGUGCGUCUUCAUCAGGAAGAUACCAAAUAUCAAAGGAUAUUAUGGCGAGAGAAUCCUAUGGAAUCGAUCAGGAUGUAUGGUCUUCAAACUGUAACCUACGUCACGAGACCGGGAAAUUACCUAGCAGUUAGAUGUCUACAUCAAUUGGCAAUGGAUGAAGAAGAUGAUUUUUCUCUAGCAUCGGAAGUUUUGAAGAGAGAUUUCUAUGUGGAUGACCUUCUCACGGGAGCAGAUAAUUACGAGAAGGCCUUGCAAAUUCGUAACGAAUUGAUUCAACUGCUUCGUAGAGGUGGAUUUCAUCUGAGGCAGUGGGCUUCAAAUACUAGCAGCUUGAUUGAUGAUCUUGGUGAGCGAUCGGACAUUGAAUAUCUUUGUUUGGGAGGUGAAGACAGCGUUAAAACCUUAGGCAUACAGUGGAGAUGCAAGGACAAUACCAUUAUAUAUAUCAUGAACACUCGAAUAAAUGGUAACGAGCGCCUCACUAAGCGAACAUUGCUAUCACAGAUCGCGGCAAUCUUUGAUCCACUUGGACUGUUGGGACCAAUCAUUGUUAAGGCCAAGAUUGUUAUGCAACUGCUCUGGCAGCUGAAGCUUGAAUGGGAUGAGACAGUGCCCAUGGAUAUAUUUACAUUAUGGAACGAAUAUAAGACACAACUUAAUUCCAUAAAUGGUUUUAGUUUUCCGAGAAGAAUAAUGCUUGGUGAUUCCGACCUACAAUUACAUGGAUUCUGCGAUGCAAGUGAGAAGGCCUUUGGCGCAUGCAUAUAUCUGCGUUCAAUCAGUCAAACGGGAAAUCGAAUGGUGAGGCUAGUGUGUGCCAAAUCUAGAGUGGCUCCCUUAAAAAAGGUCUCUCUGCCGAGGUUGGAGUUGUGUGCCGCAGUCUUACUCGCUAAUUUAUAUAAGGUUACCAGUGGCUCACUGAAACGAGAUUUCAGGAAUAUACAUUUUUGGUCGGAUUCCACCAUUGCGAUUCAUUGGAUACAUUCAUCGCCUCACAGACUAAAGACGUUUGUGGCAAAUAGAGUAGCACAAAUACAGACUACUACGGAGAAGUCAUAUUGGAGGUAUGUUCCAUCUCAACAAAAUCCUGCUGAUCCAUUGUCACGUGGACAAAUGCCUGAAGCAUUUGCGCAGAACCAACUGUGA